CUCACUUUCCUCGCCUCUCUCAUCCCUCACUCUUCCCUAGUAAACUAUCUUGGCUCUCAUUUCAAGCCUCUUCCUCCUUAGCUCCCCAAAAAUCUCCUCUUUUGCCUAGUAUCAGAAAAAUGAAGUUUAUUGGGCUCUCACUAUUUGCCCUUUUAGCCUUGUUCAGAGCUGCCAAUGGUGCUGGCUGGUCUAGUGCCCACGCCACCUUCUAUGGAGGCGGAGAUGCAUCUGGAACAAUGGGAGGAGCUUGUGGGUAUGGAAAUUUGUACAGUCAAGGAUAUGGGACAAACACAGCAGCCUUGAGCACUGCUCUCUUCAACAAUGGGCUGAGUUGUGGAUCUUGCUACGAAAUCAAAUGUGACAAAGACCCAAAAUGGUGUCUCCCUGGGUCUAUUGUAGUCACUGGAACAAACUUCUGCCCACCAAAUAAUGCUCUGCCCAAUAAUAACGGCGGCUGGUGCAAUCCUCCACAGCAGCACUUUGACCUCGCUCAGCCUGUGUUCCAAAAGAUUGCCAAGUACAGAGCUGGGAUUGUCCCCGUUCAGUUCCGAAGGGUGGCUUGCAAGAAAUCAGGAGGCGUCAGGUUCACAAUCAACGGCCACUCCUACUUCAACCUGGUCCUCAUCACCAACGUUGGCGGCGCUGGCGACGUAGUCUCCGUCUCCGUCAAAGGCACGAGAACAGGCUGGCAACCAAUGAGCAGAAACUGGGGCCAGAACUGGCAGAGCAACAGCCUCCUCAACGGCCAAGCCCUCUCCUUCCGCGUCACCACCAGCGACGGCCACACCCUCACCUCCGACAACGUCGCCCCUUCCAAUUGGAACUUCGGCCAAACUUUCACUGGCUCUCAGUUCUGAUCAUACCGGAUUGUUUACUUACUUUUCCUUCUGUCUAACUUUUCAAUAACAGUAAAAGUAAUAGACUGUAUACGGCGUUAUUGCGUCGCUGUGGGCUCUUUUGAAUAGCCUGAGGUGUCUUAAUUUGGCUCUCCUCGACCGCCGGUAUAUAAUGGUGGUUACAGAGGAACAUUAAGGUUUUAGUUUGUAAUGGAAAAGAAUGGCUGAGGUGAACAAGGAUUAAUGUCACCCGCCCAUGAAUUCCAUGUGUUUUGCCUUGGAGACCUGAGAAGGGUCUGUCUUCGUACUCUGGUUUUGUUUAAGGUAACCGAAUGUAUGAAAUGUUACUCCUCUGCGUGUCAGUUUUAUAAAGUUGGCCAUCUGUUUAUAUCA